UGUAGCAUCGAUAUUUAUUAUAUAGGAAUAGACAAAGAAUAAGAAAGAACCCCUGCUCCUCUCGCCACCCUGCUGGAGGGACUAUUGUUUGAUAUACUGCAUAACACUUCGCAAAAUCUCCCCCCCCAAGGAGGGCGCCAUGUAUUAUUUCCUUUUUCCACGUGGACCCCCUUUUUUUACGCCGCCUCACGCACGGACCUUUUCUUUAGUAACUAAUAAUGGAUAUCGAAAACAGAACGGAAGAAAAGAAGCAAAAACAACGGCGAGGGAUGGCUCAGCUUCUGGGGGAUGGGAGGAGACGAAAGGGAGGAAUGAUGUGCACAGGGAGCAGAAGUACGGGGAAUUCCAGUCUCGAUUAAGACGCAGGAAGGGGGUUUUUCAAUACGAAAACAACCUGACAGCGAGUCCGAGCGCCCAAUCUCCUUGGGACCGCCGUGUACGGAGUACUUCGUACGAAGCAUGAUGGCGUGAGAGAGGGAGAGAGAUAGUGCGGAUUUUACUCUGCAGUUACCUCACCAGCCAAGCGAUCGAUCAGCGGCCUGGCGACCAAGAAGGAUCCUCCAUGCAAGAUAUUUAUGUUGGCAAGGCGCUAGCGCUGAAGAUUGGGAAGACGUCCGACGAUUAACACAUGGCUGCACGACCUUCUGUCUAGAUCAGCUUGCCGCGGCGUGACAAGCAAACUCCGGCGGAGCUGGAGCAAGCUUGGGAAUGCGAUACUCCGUAGCUCUUUUGAACGUGGAGCAUAUGCUUUAUACGUUGAUGGGCGAGAACACUCUAAAGCAACGCAUUUUCUGGACAAGGCAGCUCCAUCUAGAUGAGCUUCGUAUUAUUCAUCGACCUCCGAAGUUCACCACCCAUGACCA